GCUAAUCCGUACUUUGAUAUACGAGCAUAAUUUUUUUUUUAUUAUACAUACAUACAUCUGAUAAAUAACUGUCAGUUUGUCUCAAGCAAUUUUAUUACUCAUGUUCGAAAUGAAAUACUUCUUAAAUUUAAACGAGAUUGAAAAUGAUAGCAAAAUGGACCAAACCUUAAAUGUUUCAUCACUUCUACGAAAUCAUCCGAUACUAUUCGUAGUUGUAACCUUCUGUCUUUUCAACUUUGGAAAAUUUUUUUCAGUUUUGCAAUACUGUCAAAAAACUUGUAUUAAACGAUCAUAUUCAAGUGAUAAAAAGAUUGAUCCUGUCUACAAUGAUCUGAGAAUGGAAAUUCGACAGUUAUCAGGUGUAAUAAGUGAAUUUCAGAAGAACUCACAAGCUUACGUUUUACCUACAUUACGAAGCUGUGGUGCAAGCAUUUGUGAGAACUGUCGCCAAAAUGAAUUGGGAGUUCUUUCACAGUGUAAUAUGGUUUCGAAAUCAAAUACAUAUCCUCGAAAUAAUAUCGAUAAGGAAAUCAGUGAACGCAAUUGGCUACGCUACUUGAAUGAAUACGUUUUUAAUCCGAAUCCAAGAAUUGUUGAUACUAGUGAAUUGGAGAAUAUGAAACGAGCUUAUCCUAAUUGGUAUCAAUUUUGAAACUGGGUCAUGCGCAUCUGACAAAUCAGAAAAAAUUCUAAAUUCAAAACAUAACCUUAAAUAUAUAUUUUGUGUCAUAAAAAGAAACAAGUAUCAAGAAAUAAGUGAUAUUUUAAUCAAGAGAAAUUGAAGUGAAUUAUUACAUUUAAAUUGUUAUAGUGACGGUAUUUAUCACGAAUAGCAUUAUUUCAUAAAGCCUUUAAUAGGCUUUAAAUAACUCAAAAUUAUCGUCAUUUUAAAUAAACUUUCUUAUGCACAAACUA